AUGCUUGAAUCUACUAUCAAAUUUAAAAAGUCAUUUGCUUCUUUAUGCAUGAAAGAUUCUGCUUUAGUUAAGUUACUUAGGAAGUUUGGUGGUGCUCCUACUGAAGAGGAUUGGAAGAAAGUGUCUACUUUCUUACCUUUUUUGAGUGUUUUUUAUGAUGCAACUUUGAGAUUUUCUGCUUCUCGUUAUGUAACUUGCAACUCUUAUGCACAUGAGAUUUUUGGGACUAGAUUAUUGCUUGCCAACAACAUGAGUGUCGAUGAUGAGGGUAUAAGGAAAAUGGCUAUCAAUAUGAUGGCAAAAUAUGACAAAUAUUAUGGAAACAUCGAUAAUAUCAAUAUUUUAGUUUUUGUAGCUGUUCUCCUUGACCCUAGGCAUAAGUGGAAUUAUGUUGAUUGGAUUGUGCGUGCUUCAUAUGAUGCCACAAAAUCUACUCUCUUGUCACUAAAGAUUAAAAUGAUUUUUCAAAACUUGUUUGAUUCUUAUUCUUAUUCUAUGCCUCCACCAAAGACAAGUGGAGCUACUUCCUCCACUUCCACCUCUUCAACCUCUACCAUUUUUACUCAAAGUGGGACUCAAGGAGUGGGGAAGGUGGACCUUAUUGAACUAAUGAAUUCAAGAUAUCAAAUGGAGACAGGUUGUUCAUUAACCAAUCUAAACAAAAGUGAGUUGGAUAGGUAUUUAGAAGAUGCAUGUGAACCUCAUGAUUCUAACUUUGAUAUUUUACUAUGGUGGAAAGAUCAAACAAAAAGGUAUCCCAUUCUUCAAAAGAUGGCUAAAGAUGUGCUUGCUAUACCUAUUUCUACCGUUGCUUCUGAAUCGGCUUUCAGUACUGGUGGUCGUAUUCUUGAUGAUUUUCGAACAUCAUUGACUCCAAAGAUGCCUGAAGCCCUUAUUUGCGCACAAGAUUGGCUUCGUAUUUCUAGAACUCCUUUAGCAAUAGAGGAGAGUUUGCUUGCACUUGAAGAUAUGGAGGAAGGUAAUGCAUUAACUUUGGAGCAUCCGGAGGUCAUAAUCGAUGAAACUCUUGACGUCGUUGAAGAUGAUUAA